AUGGCCGCUGCAUCUUCCGAUGACCCCGGUCCACCAGGUGAGAAGCGCUUUGAAAUCAAGAAGUGGAGUGCGGUGGCCCUUUGGUCCUGGGACAUUGUUGUAGACAACUGUGCCAUUUGCCGAAAUCACAUCAUGGACCUUUGCAUUGAGUGCCAGGCAAAUCAGGGCUCGCACACGUCAGAGGAGUGCACUGUCGCCUGGGGUGUCUGCAAUCAUGCGUUCCACUUCCACUGCAUCUCGCGGUGGCUGAAAACCCGCCAGGUUUGCCCGCUGGACAACGGGGAGUGGGAAUUCCAGAAGUACGGUGAGCAGUUAGUGAGCCAAAUUCGGAUGCGGGCUGUCUUUUGCAGCAGACUGCCGCAAGCAACGGAUAUCACGGCCCGGCCGAUUCGAGUCAUAGCUUCUUCGUUCGUCUUCGAUUGCACGUUUUACAUUUGUCCAACCCUGGUGAGUAGCACUGCCAUCACGACUUUCACCGGGGGCCUGCCCAUGAGCCGGGACUUCGACCUGCGGCAGUCCUUCAGAAAGUUUCCGCUGCAUAGUGCCAACGCGAGUGCAGGACUUGACGGUGCCGAUGCUCAUGGAAGCUUGGCUUCUGGCCCAAGUAGGCAUGGCAGGCUGCAGGGCAGUGUCUUUCGGGUGUCUUCCAAAGUCGGUAAGCCUGAGCUGCCUAGCAAGCUUAAGAUGCCGAAAGCUGAUGCUCCAGUAGCAAGGCGCCAUCAUGCGUCACUCGGAGGGGGGCAGGAGAGGCCGUUAGUGGAAGGUUCCAGUGUUGGUCGAGAGGUCAGCUUGUUCCAGACGCCUCUUGGUUGGAGGCUGACGCCAAUUAGUACGCGACAUAUCAUUGCAGAAAGAGACGCUCUCAAGGAAGGCGUUUCCACUUUCAUCCUGGCGCAGACCGGCACUGGCAAGACUCUGGCGUAUGUACUUCCAAUUGUGCACAAGCUGCUUUCCACCAACACGGAAGGCCUUGCGCUGAUGAGAGACAACAGGGAGACCCAGGCUCUCUUUGCGGGAGUCGAUGUGGUGGUGACUACACCAUUUCGGCUCAUUUUACACCUUGGAAAAGGCGACAUGGUCUUGAACGAGGUCCGGCAUGUGGUGUUCGAUGAGGCCGACACCUUGUGUGACACCUUCUAUGAAAAGGACUCGAGCAAGCUCCUGGAAGGCCUGGAGAAGGACUGUCCAACAAGACCACAGGUGAUCAUUGUGGGUGCGACUCGCACUGGAGCUGUGUCUGCAUUCUUACGAAAGCAUAUGAACAGCACGCAGGUCAUGCCAGUAGUUACCACCGAUGCUCAUGUGCCACCACCUCACCUUGAACAGGUGUUUGUUCCCACCCGCGGCAAGCGCUUGCUGUCAGUGUUGUGGGACAUUCUUGGAGAGGUUCCAACGGUUGGGAAGAAGACUCUCAUCUUCACCAACAGAGUUCCAACGUGCAAGGGAGUGCACAAAAGCCUCGUGGAGCAUGGCCUCGACGCCGUCUGCUUGCAUGGCAACGUGCAUCCUGACAAGCGGAAGCAGGCUUGGGACGCCUUCUCUGGUCGUGGCAAAGCGGAUGUCAUGGUGUGCACAAACUUGGCCUCACGGGGCUUGGAUUUCAGCAAUGUGCACCAUGUGGUUAUGUACGAUUUCCCACUGAACAUGGCUGACUAUCUACAUCGAGUUGGGCGCACAGCUCGUGGUGGUCGUGCUGGGAGAGUUACAACAAUCACGCCCAGAAGAUAUUGGCCUUUCGUAUCGAAAAUUCAGGAGGCAACAAAGCAGGGCAAGCCGAUCGAAGUUCGAAGCAUGUCAAAGAAGGUCAAGAAGAUCCUUGCAAUUGAGAACUUCCAGAAAGUCAUUCAGGCGAAUGCCGUCAACAAAAGUGUGAAGCAGAGGCUCAAGAAACGGUUGGGCCUACCGCCAGCCAGAAACAUUGGUUCAAAGGAGACCAAAGCAGCCAUGAAGAGGCUGGACCGUCGGAUGAAAGCUAUCAAGCAUAUGCGCUUCCUAUGGAAGCGCGGCAUCUUGAAGCGGGGCCAGAAAAUCCCACGCAUGCCUGACAAGCAGAUAGAGGCAUCUGAGACGCAAACUGUAUCGACACUCGUUCGAGCCCGCGACGGCUUGCUCCAG